ACAAACAGCACGUAGUAUCUCUAACUAGUCUGUGCAAACAGCUGGCUUUAUCAUAAAUUCGUUCGGAGUUGAGAGUUUUGCAAACAUCAUAAUUUAGCAACGUUCGUUCAGGAAAUAAUUAUUAGUAGGUACUUUUAACUAUUAACUCAUCAUCGCUUGUGUAUUAAAAACAUUUGUUUGUUUUUUGAACUUUAACCUUAGUUUGUUUGAAGUGUUAAAUUUUUUGUCAAGAUUCGUUAGGUACGCAGUAAAUAAAUACAACGAAGUUAGGAGAAAAUGUCCAGUGAAAAACCUAGCAUGGGUAGUUCGCAAGCUUUACAGCCUGCUGACGAUGAGAAUCAGAAGUCUUGUUGGGUUUGUUUUGCCACGGAAGCAGAUGACCGCUUGGCUGCUUGGGUUCAGCCGUGCAAGUGUAUCGGAACCACAAGAUGGGUCCAUCAAAGCUGUCUCCAGAGGUGGGUGGACGAGAAGCAGCGAGGCAAUAUAACGCGCAAGGUGCUUUGCCCCCAGUGUAAGGCGGAGUACAUAGUGGUGUUUCCAUCAAUGGGCGCGUUCGUGGCAUUACUAGACGCAAUGGAGGAGAUCACCCAUAAGAUCUGCCCUUUCAUUGCUGGCGGUGUCCUCCUGGGCUCUAUCUACUGGAUAGCUAUCACAUACGGCGCUGUUACUGUUAUGCAGGUAGUAGGCCACAGAGAAGGCUUGGAGAUGAUGGAGUCCGCGGACCCCCUAGUCCUUCUAGUGCUGCUGCCGACCAUCCCCGUGACGCUGAUCAGCGCCAAGAUGUACAAUUGGGAGGACUCCGUGCUGCUGUUCCUCCGCAAGUACUGCCAGAAGAUACCGGCCUUGGCGUAUAUACUGCCCUUCGGAAGCGUGGAAGGCGACAGGGGAGCGAUAGUGACAGGCCAAGUGAACCAUCAGAACCAAAACACGAGCUCUCAUCUCUCGCCCACCAGGAUAUUCUGUUCGGCGCUCCUCCUACCCACCAUAUCCACGAUCAUAGGCAAGAUAUUCUUCCGCUCCAUCCAAAACAAUCUUCACAGGACCAUCCUAGGUGGACUCACUUACAUUACCAUAAAGGGCGCCCUCAAAAUCUACCACAAACAAAUGCUGUACAUCAGACAUUCCAGCAGGAAAAUACUCGAUUACACAGAGUCCAAUCUGAAGUUAUACAGAAGUACGAACACGACAGACGCCGUCUCCAGCACGAGGGAUGAUUCUGAACAAGUUAUCUAAAGCCGGCAGUUAGGUAUGUAAAAAUGUACAGAGAGUUUAUCCUUUUACGUAUCGUCGAAUCGCUGACGCAGUAUUGAUAAUAUGUUAACAUUUUUCGAAUUUUGAAAUGACGAUGGUUCUUCAAUCAAAUUUGUGUGGAUGGCAGUGUGCUAGUUUACCAAGAACAGCCACCUAGCCAAGUGGAAAACGUCUCUUAGCGAAGUCUGUAAGCGCUACGUUAAUAGAAAAUGAAUUCACACUUCAGAGUUUUUUAAGUCUUGAUCACGUGAUAUGUCGUUCAAAAAUGACAAUCUCAUACAUUUAACAUUUUAAUUCACGCUUUAUGCUAACAAACGUAAGCCACUAGGCCAGGUCUCCAAAGAACAUUUUCUUUAUAAAACUAAUUUUUCUCGCUCGAUCCAUGAUGUUACUGCUGCUUUUAGAAAUACAACGCUGGAACUGAUUUGGAUGAAACAUUCAAUUGAUUGUUUUUCGAAUAGCACCUUGUAUUGACA